AUGGCGACGUAUAUACCCAUCGAUACAACAAAAAUAGUAAAUCAAGACAUAAACAGGGAGGAGAGUGACACAAAAUCAAGACUUUAUAAAGAGCAAAAUUACAAUUAUGUCACACCAUCAGAGAAUCAGCUAUCUAAAACAACAGAAAAGGAAACCUGGAAAUAUAAAACAUUUAGAACAUUUUCUGCACCUUCGAAGUCAGAGAAAACAGAAGAUUACCUCCAAGAAAGUAGAACUCAGCAAGACGUACUUGCUCCAGAGCCAGUUCCCCUGGUUCAUAAGAAGAAAGAGAAAUCAAAGAGAAAAAAGGAUCAACCUCUCACUUGUCUAAAAGUUAAGAAAGUAAGCCUUGCGCCCUAUGACAGAUUAGAAUCAAAUGAUGACGAUGUGGUAAGAUAUAUCAUUCAACUAAGAGAAAAGCUCGGUUGGCAAACAGUAUUACCACACCAUAAUUUGGAAUACAGAAGUCCCCAAACUGGAGUUCGGAAGAUUAUUCUAAAGGAACCUUUGAAAGAUGAUGGAGAAUUUAUAUAUUGCCUUCCUCGGAAAACGUCUAAAGUUCUUUAUAAUCCAUAUAAUCUUCGGGUGGUCUCGGACCACAGAGUUAGACAUAGCAAAGAAUUUUGGAUUAUUACUGCUUCAUUUAUCUCAAAGGUAAUAUACAAUGGGUUAGAUGGUGCAGAAGAAAUAGAACUCAUUCCUGUUUUGGAAUGGCUAUUAGAAAGAAGAUAUUACAAUUUAUUACAGCAGUUCAAGUUCUUUUCCAAUUUUCGAAUUAAUAAAGCAUUUGUUACUUGGAAAUGGAAUGUUAGAAGAAUUAAGAAAGAGAAAAGCAGGUCGUUUUUGUACCACCAUCUUUUCUGGGCUCAUGAAUUAUUUCAGGGAUGUUUGCUUUACAUAAAGGGACUUUGCGAAGAUGCAGUUAAUCUCAAAAAUGGUAAUGAACAUGAAGAUAAUCCAUCUGCCAUAUGCCUUGUAAAGCUCGAUAGGUCUCGAACGUAUUCUCUGGAUGAAUUUUGUGAAGAACAGUUACGGCAAGCUACCCAGGCAUUGAACCAACUCGAGGACAUCAGGGAUAAAGCUAUUUCCGAUGUGAAAAUUACAAUUUUUAAGGUGGCAGAGCAGAAAGAAAUUAGAGAAUUUUUUGAGCCAAACAUCUCUGACGAUGACACAAUACAUUUCAAGCUGCCUAGAUAUAGACGUUUAUUAGAAACAAUUUUGAGAUUUCUGAUGCUGGUGGACUACAUAUUUCAGGAACUUAUCCGUCAACUAAUGAACACCGCAGUCACAUUACUUUUGGAAUUAUUUAAUAAUUCUGCUAGAAUGCCAGGUUCAGUGGAAAAAAAGAAUGAAAAUCUCAUCAAAAUAUACAAGGACAUCUCUGGAAAGACAACAACCGAAUGUGAAGAACCCGUUUAUUCACACUUACGUGCUACUUCUGUUCUGAAGUCCGAAGUAAAAACAGAAGCUGAUAUUAAUGAGAUUCUGAAUAGUAUUAAAGUGAAUAAAGAUUUGAGAAAAACAUAUGCACCAAUAUUUGAAGUAAAUCUACACUUGAGUUUUUUUUCUUCAGAAAAUUCUACAGAGAAUUUUUCUGAGCUCGACAAGUGCUCCGAAAAAUCUGUGAUGUGUGAAGAUGACGAAAUGUCAAUGAAUGAAGUCAAUUUUGUCAUCAAACAGUCAAGUGAAGAACUUCCGAUCAUGAAACCAAAAAAGUUUAGUUACAACCUCGAAAAAAUUUUUUCAGACAUAGAAGUGGUGACUGAGUUUAAGAAUAAAUACACGUAUGAUGAAUUUUUAGAAUUUCCUACAAAUCUCUUUAUUGCUCCCAACAGAUUGGAGUUUUCAAUAAAAAUUCAAAAAAUGGUGACUGAUAUUGAAAAAUGUAUAACCAAAAUUAUUCCUCUCUACAAAGAUCCCCGCCUGUCCAUCUUUACUGAUUUGGUUUUAAUUAUGAAUAUGCCUGAUAAGAAAAGACAUAUAAAAGACUAUAAGAAGCACACCACAUGGCCAGAUUGUCACAUCCUUUUUGAAAUGGAUCCUGCCUACCAAAAUAAAAUUGUGAGUCUCCUGACUAUUAUUGGUGAUAAAAUGGGCCUAGUUAAUGAUUACAGCCGCAAGUUUUUAAAAUAUUGUACUAUGGUAGAAAAGGCCAAAAUCAUGAGUGUAAAAAUAUCAUCGAUGGAAGAAUUAACAUCAACACAGUUUAAAGUGAUACUAGCUAAAUUUAUAAACUAUCUUAGACAUAUCGUUAAUAUGGUCAUUGAGAAACGCAUUGGUAUUUUCAAGGUUUUAAGUCUUGAUUAUCAGUCAGAAUGCUUACCAUAUGUUGAGAAUAUCAUACAAAUAAGCCACGACCUCUUGCGAUCUAUAAUUGAAAAAAAGAAUACACAUCUACUGGAAGUUGUAGACUCAUCUUUGCGAAAGCUGGAAUCUGAUCCCACGGAAAUAGAAGAAUUUCUGGAACAUUUUACUUUUUUGGGUGCAGUUUCCUCAAAAAUAACUGAAUUAGAAAAAGAAUAUUCAACCGUUGCUCAACUGUAUUCUGUUUUAAGGUAUUACCAGAUCCAUAUUUCAGAAGAGCAAGUUGCCAUAUAUAAAAUCCUUCUUCUCAAGUUUGGUCAACUAAAAACUGCUAUGAAGUUAAGUGAUACAAAUAAAGAUGCUGCUAUUAUUAAAUUCAGAGACAAUUUGGAAGCAUAUAUCACUAGUCUACGGGUCGACAUUAGUAAUUUAAAAACCAAGAUAAGAACUCCCGUUCUGCUAUGUGCCGGCACGCGAGUGUCGGCAGCAAUGGAAAUGAUCCAGACCUUCUCGGAGGAAGCUGCGAGCUUAGCCAACAAAGUUAAAACGUAUUCAGACUACCAGGAUUGUUUUGAGGACGCACAGUCUCAUAUGCAUUCUUUUAACGUGGAGGAGAUUACACAGAUCGUGCUUUCGGAGAUCUCCGACAUCGAAUAUGACUUAACCUUGAGGAAAUUAUUGUGGGACGCGCAGGAGGAGUGGGGGGCGCUCUUCCAGGAAUGGCGGAAGCGUACUCUUCACAGUAUUGACAUAGAGCUGGUACAGAGAAACGUUUCAAACUGGAUGAACAUAAUCUUCGUACUAGAAAAAGGUUUACCCAGAAACAACAUGGUAACACAUCUCAGGCAAUCAGUGACAGAUUUUAAACAAGAGCUGCCCAUCAUCAUAGCUCUGGGCAACCCUUGUCUCAAGCCAAGGCACUGGGAGGCUCUCCAGGAGAUUAUAGGAAAGUCAGUUUCUCUGGAUAAAAACUGUACAGUUGAGGAUCUUCUAGAGCUUAAGAUGUUUCAGCACGAAAGUCAAAUAAAUGAAAUAUCGACCUCAGCAACUAAAGAAACUGCGCUUGAAAAAAUGCUCUUUAAGAUUAUUGAACUUUGGAACACGACUCCUUUACAUUUAGUUCCUCACCACACAGAGACUUCCUCUGUCCUAAUCAUUUCAUCUCUAGAUGACAUACUAGCUCAGCUAGAGGAGUCUCAGAUCAUACUUGCAACAGUUAAAGGAUCUUCCUAUAUCGGGCCCAUUAAGGCUCUUGUGGAUAAAUGGGAUCAAAACUUGACUCUCUUCUCUCGCACUCUUGAGGAAUGGAUGAACUGUCAAAGAACUUGGCUUUAUCUUGAACCGAUAUUUAAUUCUUUAGAAAUACAAAGGCAGCUCCCAGCAGAAGCAAAACUCUUCUCUCAUGUGAUUUCUCUGUGGAAAGAAAUAAUGUUAAAACUACAAAACAAACUGGAUGCUUUGCAGAUAGCCACCUCUGCAGGAGUCCUUGAAAUUCUGCAAAAUUGCAAUACACAUCUUGAAUAUAUAAAGAAAAGUCUUGAGGACUACCUGGAAAUUAAAAGAACGAUUUUUCCAAGAUUUUACUUUCUUAGCAAUGCUGAACUUCUUGACAUUCUAGCGGAGAGCAGAAAUCCUGAGUCUGUACAGCCUCAUCUUGUGAAAUGUUUUGAAAAUAUAAAACAAUUAUUGAUAUGGAAAGAAGAAAUCGGCCCUCCUACCGUAAUAAUGCUCAUAUCUGCGGAAGGGGAGACUCUCGUGCUGCCAAAGAAAAUUCGCGUAAGAAGUGCUGUAGAACAGUGGCUGGUAAAUGUAGAGAAAAGCAUGUUUGAUAUGCUGACAAAGGAUGAUCAUGUUUAUAUCUCACUUUUUCAGAGCCAGAUCAUGUUUUAUAACGAUUGUGUCAAAAGUUUUGUGAGUUCUCAUCCAAGAGAACAGUUGGAAAAAGUCCAUGCCGAUACGAUACGCCGUCUAGAAGAGGUUGCAGAGAUGGUAGGGCUGGACACGAAUAACUCGCGAACGAAAACUGUCCUUGGGGCAUUGCUUUCCCUCUGUGUCCACUGCAGAGAUAUAGUGAGAGAUUUACUACUUAAAAAUAUUUUCAAUGCAGAGGAUUUCGAGUGGACAAGACAUCUGCAAUAUAAAUGGAAUGAAAAACAGAAGUUGUGCUACGUAUCUCAAGGAAAUGCCAGUUUCACUUAUGGCUACGAGUACUUGGGCUGUACCCCACGACUGGUUAUCACGCCUCUCACUAACAGAUGCUGGCUGACUCUCACUGGAGCGCUGCACUUGAAUCUAGGAGGCUGCCCCUGUGGUCCAGCGGGUACCGGGAAAACCGAGAGUGUCAAAGACCUAGCAAAAUCCUUAGGCAAACAUUGCGUGGUAUUUAACUGUUUUGAGGAUUUGGAUUAUAAGAUAAUAGGAAAAUUCUUCUUUGGACUAGUUCAGUCAGGAGCAUGGUGUUGUUUUGAUGAAUUCAAUCAAAUUGACGUGCAAGUUCUGUCAGCGAUUGCCUCACAGAUCCUGACAAUUAAGGCCGCAAAAGACAGCUAUUCGGUCAGGUUUGUAUUGGAAGGAAAAGAAAUUCGUAUUAACAUGUCUUGUGCAGUAUUUGUCACCAUUAAUUAUGAAAAUGAAGGUCGAGUAGAACUCCCAGAUAACUUAAAAUCUCUAUUUCGCCCAGUGGCAAUGAUGACUCCCCAUUAUCAAAUGAUUGCUGAAAUAAUCCUGUUUUCAGUUGGUUUCAAAUCUGCAAAAUCACUCUCCAGAAAGCUAGUUAACACUUACGAAUUGGCUAGCAAACAGCUCUCGCAACAGGAUCAUUAUGAUUUUGGCCUGAGGUCACUGAAGACAAUUAUAAUAAUGGCUGGAAAGAAGAAACAGAAAUUUAAAUGUGGCAAUAUCUCUGAAGCCGACGAAACUCUGAUCAUUAUUGAAGCUGUAAGAGAAGCUAGUAUACCAAAAUUUCUUCCAGAAGAUGUUCCAGUUUUUGAAAAUAUUAUAGGAGAUGCUUUUCUUGAAGCAACCGUCUCAAAAGUAAAUCAAGUUGCCUUGGAGAAAGCAAUAUCUAUUGCAACACAACAUUUGGGCUUACAACAAUGGCCGGCUCAGAAAGAGAAAAUUAUACAGUUUUAUGAUCAACUUCAGGCUUGUGUUGGUGUGAUGUUAGUGGGCCCAACAGGUGGAGGAAAGACAACAGUAAGAAGAAUUUUAGAGAAAGCAUUAAUACUAUUACCAAGUGAAACUUUGUCAUCAGCUGCAGAAAGGCAAUCCAUUUCACAGAUUCUAGGAAGAAAAGGAAGAGUAGAUAUAUGUGUUUUGAAUCCAAAGUGUAUCACACUUAGUGAACUAUAUGGACAGUUGGAUCCUAAUACUAUGAAAUGGACUGAUGGAUUGUUAUCAUCAACAAUUCGAAAUUACGUACAUUUUAACACUACAGGGAAUUCGAAGAAAGACAAUGAUCUCGGACUAAAGUCAAGAAUCUCAGAUUUAUCUAAUGUUUUCAAACUUGAUUCUUCUGAUACAGCAGAUAUUGACAAUAAUAUUUUUGAGAAGGAGAUGGAGAAAGAUGUUAAAAUUCCAAAAAGUCAGAACUUCGACUGGCAGUGGAUUAUCUUAGAUGGUCCAGUGGACACCUUUUGGGUAGAAAGUCUAAACUCCAUGCUGGAUGACACUAGAACACUGUGCCUAGCAAACAGUGAGAGAAUAGCUCUAACUAAUAAAAUAAGAGUGAUUUUUGAAGUGGACAGUCUCUCUCACGCCAGUCCCACCACUGUUAGCCGAUGUGCAAUGGUCUAUAUGGAUCCCGUUGAUCUGGGAUGGGAGCCUUAUAUUAAGUCAUGGCUUUUGAAAACUUCUAAAAUUAUGAGUCAAUCCGGAGUGGAGUAUCUUGAAUUCAUGAUUAAAAAUAGCGUCAAAGAUGGACUGCAGUUUGUAAAGAAAUAUCAGAAAUUUCAGCCAUUUCCUGUACAGGACAUAACAAUCAUUAUGACUCUCUGCAGAAUUCUCGAUGCUUUCUUUGAAUUCAUGGAUAAAAAUGGAGGCUUUGGACAACGUGAAGAUUUGAAGAACAUUUCAACUGAGGAGAAAAAUUCUCCACAUUCAAAAAUUUCUGUCAAAUUCAAGGAUAAAGAAAAGAGGUCUAAAAAUACAUGGUAUCUGGAGAAAUAUCCUGAUAAAUUAAACGUAAUGAUUCAAAAGCUUUUCGUGUUUGCAUUUACUUGGGCUUUCGGAGGGACUUUAAAGCGUGAAGACGAACAUGAAAAUGACAUCCUGUUGUAUUCAAGUUUUGAGCCUGAUUCUCUUGCAAGAGUAACCUAUGACUUUGACAACCUUGUUCAUCAGUUGUUUGAAAGCAAUACACAAGUAGGCAUUAACCUACCAACUGGCAAACAUUCUAUCUUUGGGUAUUUUGUGGAUAUACAGACAUGUGAAUUCAUACCAUGGUCAGAAUUACUUCCUAACAUUCAGACGCUAAUUCAAAGAGGAACUUCAAUACUAGCUGAUCCUCAAGGAUCCGGUGAAAACAUCUUGAAGAUAACAGAAUGUGGAGAGAACAUUAAUCACAUUGCAACCCGAGACACAGUGUGCCUCUCUUUCCUCAUCAGCCUUCUUCUAAAGAAUUCCUGCCCUGUACUUCUCACAGGAGACUCUGGUGUUGGGAAAACCAUAACCAUUAAUCAAGUGCUUGAAAAGUUAGAGGGCUCAGGUGGAUUUGACGUGAAAUAUGGGUCAAUUUUAGGAGAAGUCCUAUUAUAUCAUGAAAUUAAAAAAUCAAGGUACCUGAAACAGAACAUCAGCAUCUUGCUUUCUGAAACUCAUAAGACAGCAACUGGAAGUCUGGAUAAGAUUAUUAAAAAGCCAGAAGUUAAAGUUGAUGAAAGUUCAUUUAAAAAUAAUAAUAAAGGGAUUAUAGUCUCUACGAUAAAUUUUAGCAUCAAAAUAACAGCCGCUCAAGCCAAGGAGAUGAUCCUCAAGAAUUUAAUAAGGAGAACUAAAGACAUUCUUGGAGCACCAAAAAGCAACAGGAUUAUAAUAUUUAUUGAUGAUCUGAAUAUGCCAGAAACGGAUAUGUAUGGAGCACAGCCGCCCCUGGAAUUAAUCAGACAAUUAUUAGAUUUGGGAGGAGUUUAUGAUACUGAAAAACUUACAUGGAAGAAUAUUCAAGAUCUCUCUCUAGUUGCUGCUUGUAUUCCUCCACUGGGUACCAGGCAUAUUAGCCCACGUCUCCUCAAACAUUUUUCCAUUCUAGUAUUGCCCCAUCCUCCACAAUGUGCCUUGCAUACUAUUUUCCAGGCUCACUUGGGCAUAUAUUUCUCCAUCAAUAACUUCGCAGCUGAUGUUCAGAAAUGUAAGGAUCAAAUAAUAAGUUGUUCUCUAGCGGUAUACUACCAAGUAUGUCAGAGCAUGUUGCCAACUCCAGCCAAGUGUCACUACAUGUUUAAUCUUCGGGAUAUGUUUAAGCUUCUCCUAGGACUGCUGCAAGCCGAAAAGUCUGUCGUUAACUCCAAAGACAUGGUCGCUCUGUUCUUUGUGCAUGAAGCCACCCGCGUGUUUCACGAUCGCUUAAUCGAACAUACUGAAAAGGGGCUUUUUUAUCAGUUUCUUUCAAAGGAACUUGAGAAUUAUUUUAAGAUUGGAAUAGAUGGAUGUGGAAAAGAAACUUGUGCAACAUUGGCCUGUUACUUGACAGAAUAUAAAGUCUACCAAGUGCCUGCAUCUCACAAUUACGCCUAUUUAGAAUUCAAAGAAGACUUUAAAAAGAUGUUUAUUCAAGCAGGAUUAGAGGGGAACCCCACUGUUUUGAUAGUCGCUAAUUUAAACCUGGAUCAGGAGGCACUGUUAGAAGAUUUGAACAGCAUUCUGAAUUUGGGAAAAAUACCUGACAUGUUUGAAAAUGAGGAGCUGGACUCCAUCGCACUAAGGAUUAGACCUCUUGCUGAACAGUCUGGUUAUAUGGAUAAUAGGCAAGCUUUAUUUUCAUUCUUCCAAAAGAGAAUAUAUAAAAAUUUUCAUAUUUUCAUAAUAAUGAGUCCUACAGGACCUAACUUCCGCCAUAAUUGCAGAAUGUAUUCUUCUAUGAUUAGCACUUGCACGAUUGAUUGGUAUGAAAAGUGGCCAGAAGAGGCUCUUUUUGUUGUAGCCGACUCUUUCUUAAGAGAAAAGGUGGACUUAGAGAAAAGAGAGAACUUGAAAGAAAAGCUCGUCCCAACGUGUGUCCAAAUCCACAAAAGUAUAAAAGACUUGAGCAUAAAAUACUUUCAAAAAACCAGAAGGCAUUACUACAUCACUCCCAGCACCUACUUGAAAUUCAUGGAAACCUUCGCUCACAUUUUGAGGUCGCAGGAGAAGGAAAUGCAAACGAGGAGGAAUCGUUUCCAUAUGGGUCUAUCCAAGAUUCUAGAAGCAACCACUCUAGUUACGGAUAUGCAGGAGGAGCUCUUGAUUCUUGGCCCUCAGAUAGAACAAAAGACAAAGGAAACAGAAAUCUUAAUGGAAAAACUACAGAAAGAUUCACAAGUAGUUGAGAAAGUUCAGAUGCUUGUCAAACAGGAUGAAGAAAUUAUGGCAGAAGAAGUACGAAUUGUGGAAAACUAUGCUCAGAAAACUGCCAAUGAACUAAAAAGCGUACUGCCGGCCUUAGACAAGGCAAUCGUGGCUCUAAAUGCCCUGGAUAAAGCUAAUGUCUCUGAAUUAAGGUAA